UAACCAUGCUGCUUGCCUAUCUAUCAGCUACCUGUCUAGGUACCACUUUUUCUGUUGCUUUGUUUACACCAAUGUAGCCUUCAGUUAACAGGAGAUUUCUUCGAAAACUUCCAUAAGCUGAAGACUUUCAGCUGUACAUCGAUGGCUUCUGAAAUUUUCUUUUUACUGAGCUUAAUUAAUGUUUGAUACAUUUUGUGUCUGCAGCCAGAACUGAAAGCGAAUGGAGAUUGAAUUGCUUUGCCUCUUUUUCCUAUUUCUACAAAGGAAUAAAAAUGUACAAGGAAGUUGUGAUUCAGGGAGUGCCAUGAACUGUGAAGACUGUUUGCUCUCUGGACCAAGCUGUGGCUGGUGUUUUCAAGAGAAUUUCACUGAUCCAUCUGAAAUUCAUAAAAGGUGUGACACUCUUGAAAAGCUUCUUUCAGAAGGAUGUCAGCUGAGUUUAAUUGAAUUUCCCAUUUCCAAAAUAGAGAUCCAUAAAAACAAGAGCCUGAGCGACAGGCCACAGAUAAACAGUUCAGAAGUUACUCAGAUUUCUCCUCAAAAGAUAACUGUUUUCCUACGGCCAGGAAAUGAAGAAACAAUACAGAUCAAUGUUCGUCAGACUGAAGAUUAUCCAGUUGACCUCUACUACCUCAUGGACAUUUCAGCUUCUAUGGAUGAUGAUCUGAAUACCAUAAAGGAACUGGGGUCUACCCUGUCAAAAGAAAUGUCGAAGCUCACAAGUAACUUUCAGAUGGGCUUUGGGUCUUUUGAUGAAAAACCAGUUUUACCAUUCAUCAGUACCCUGACAGAAGAUUUACAAAAUCCUUGCCGAAAAAUCCCACAUGAUUGUUUGCCAACAUUUGGAUACAAGCAUGUUCUCUCGUUGACAAACGAUGCAGAAAGAUUCAAUGCAAUUGUGAAAAAACAGAAAAUCAGUGCAAAUUUAGAUACUCCAGAAGGAGGAUUUGAUGCAAUUAUGCAGGCAACUGUUUGUAAGGAAAAAAUUGGCUGGAGGAAUGAUUCAUUACAUCUUUUAGUGUUUGUGAGUGAUGCUGAUUCUCAUUUUGGGAUGGAUAGCAAAUUAGCAGGAAUAGUUAUUCCAAAUGAUGGAAAAUGCCACUUGGAUAAACAGAAUGAAUAUUCCAUGUCAACUGUUUUGGAAUAUCCAACAUUAGGACAAUUGAUAGAGAAGAUUGUGCAAAACAACAUUCUGUUAAUUUUUGCAGUCACUAAGGAACAAGUUCCUUUGUAUCAGAAAUAUGCUGAUCUUAUUCCUGGAGCUACUGUUGGAAGACUACAGGAUGAUUCUGGAAAUAUCCUCCAGUUGAUUAUAGAUGCAUAUAAGUCACUCAGGUCUGAGAUAGAGCUGGAGGUACUAGGAGACACAGAUGGACUAAAACUUGCUUUCACUGCCAUCUGUAGCCAUGGCUCUGCCUUUCCAAAUGAGAAGAAAUGCUCUCAUAUUAAAGUUGGAGAAGUGGUCACUUUCAAUGUGACUUUAACUUUAAGCACUUCAGCUUGUGGUGAAGGAAGAAGGAAAGUCCUAAUCAGGCCCACUGGACUAAAUGAAGUGUUGGAAAUCGAAAUCCAGCCCGAGUGCAGCUGUCAUUGUCAGAAGGAAGCAGAGGUGAACAGCUCCAAGUGCAACUACGGGAAUGGUUCUUUUGAGUGUGGGGUAUGUGUCUGUAACCCCAGCUACAUGGGUCCUGACUGUAAAUGUAGCGAGAAAGAUGCACUGAGUACGGAGUCCUGUAAAAGUUUUCCAGAACAAACCUUGUGCAGCGGAAGAGGUGACUGCUAUUGUGGACAAUGUAUUUGCCACCUUUCAGCAUAUGGAAAUAUUUAUGGGCCAUACUGUGAAUGUGAUGAUUUCUCUUGUGGAAGAUCUAAAGGGCUGGUCUGUGGAGGCAAUGGGGACUGUGACUGCAGUCAGUGCAUUUGCCACAGUGGCUGGACAGGUGAAUACUGCAACUGCACUACAGACACUGAGAGUUGUAUUUCUAACAAUGGCAUCAUCUGCAGUGGGAGAGGCAAAUGCAUGUGUGGAAAAUGCGUGUGCGCAAAUCCUGGGGUUUCAGGCAACUUCUGUGAAAAAUACCCUACCUAUGAUGAUCCUUGCAGCUCUAAAUGGAGCUGUGUGGAAUGUUAUCUAGCUUCUGCUGAUCAACUGCAUCAGGAAGACUGCACUGAAAAAUGUAAAUUGGUUGACACAAGGAUCAGGCAUGAGGAAGAUAUUGUGGAAGAUAAAUGGGUUCCUUGUGUGUUACGAGGGAAAAAUGAAUGCAUUAUCACAUUUCUGAUGGCAGCUGAUAAAGAGGGAAAAGCCAUCAUUCACAACAUAAAGCAGAAAGAUUGUCCACAACCUCCAAAUAUUACAAUGAUUGUGUUGGGUGUUUCUAUUGCAAUAGUCCUCACUGGGAUUGUCUUACUUUGCAUGUGGAAACUGUUUAUUUCAUUUGAAGACCGUAAAGAAGUUGCUAAAUUUGAAGCAGAAAGGUCAAAGGCCAAAUGGCAAACGGGAACAAACCCCCUUUACAGAGGCUCCACAACAACUUUUAAGAACGUAACAUACAAGCAAAAGGAAAGGCAACCUGGCAGUACUGCCGAUACAUUCUACUAAUUCAAGAUUAUGAAAAAAAAAACAGUUCUGGAAAUAUGAAAAAAGGAAGUUUACUCUGUUUUGGAUGGACUUUGUCAAACUACUAUGUAUGGUAGUAUGAAAGUGUUAACAUUAGAGCAUGUGUGCUUUUAAAAGCUAGAAUGCUUUGCAACCAUGAAUGGAGCUGAGCAGCAUUAGAGGAGAUUAAAAACAAAGAACCAUCCGGCAUGCAGUGAUCCACCAAUUAAGUAUAACAUGAAAAUAAUCUCUGGUGCAAUUCUGCUGUAAUGAGAUUUGGGGAUUGGUCUGAAUGACCUUUCAAGGAACCCCUUUCAGCUGUUCCCUUCUGAUCUCAAAGUAAUUCAAGAUGUUAGGGCAAACCAUCUUUUCAAUUUCUGCUAAGGAAUAUGGUUCAGCCAGUUUUGCCAGUCCCAGCUCAGCAUUUUACUGAAAGGUUAAGAUAUACCCCUGUAGCAUCUGUGUUUUAAAUAUCAUCCAGAGAAAGAAACAUUUCAUUUUUAAAAGUAAGAAAACUUGGGAGGAAAAAGUGUUCAUGAUUCAUUAAUAAAAUAUCCAGCAACUAAAGCUGUAUUCUUAACCAUGGUGCAAUCUUAGGAAUUCUGUUCAGAAGUCCCAUGAAGUUAAAUGAGAUAUUUUCCUAUGAAAUGUGUAGCCUUCUAGAAGCAGCUGGACUAAAGUUGGCCAUACUGACUACAGAAGAAUUCAGGGAUGGGGGGAUAUGUUGCUGACUAAGAUCCUCUGCAUGAUAUGUAUGGCCACCAGAUUUUUUCCUUGGUGCCUUUCAGAUUCCUCACCCAUAUGAUUUUUGUAUUGUGCCCAACCAUAGCCCAAUGACAUCUCUUUUGUGAACAGCUGUUUCCCUUCAGGGCAGCCAGAAUGCAUACUAUUUGCUUUCAAAAUUCCAAUAUAUCUAAUGGCCCCAAACAUUGGGGACCUAUGAUUAAUGGGGCUGCUUUUUUCCAAGUAUAUAAAUAUAUUUCAUACAGUGGGACUUAAACAUACUAUGCUGGACAUAUGGUUUUCAAUAAUGCAAAUUUUCUAAGAUAUUUUUGAGGGUGAGUGAGUGUGUAUGUUUUAUCCUGAAGAAUAUUUUUGGUAAUGGUGAUGGGAGUUUUUACUAUGAAUGUUCUAUGCAUAUAAAACACUGGAAACGUCUUUGUUGUUUUUAUUGAAAUAGUUUUGAUUGAAUAGUUAUAUAAGGCUGGACCUUAUAUAAGGCCAAAACGUUAUCAGUAUAGUAUUUGUACUAUUACUCAUUGCAGUCCCUUGGACAUUUUUUUUCUAGUUUGCAAAUGAGACACUUUUUUUAAAUGGAAUGUUCAGUGGUUUGCUUUUUUAAUAUGUUGAUAUGUAAACUGAAUUGCUUUGUUUUCACAUAGAUUCUCAGAUGUAAAAUGGAAGGGUAAAAGAAACAAUCAAAUAUCUUGACUGAGAUUUUUACAAACUCUAAUAUCUACAGACUAGACUACAUUUUAACCUUGCAUGUUAUAGGAACCAGCCUGUGUGAUUAAAUUAUAGUUCAACGUGUUGUAUAACACAGGGCUAAUUUAUUAAACCAUGGUUUAGUUCACAACAGUUAAACAUCAACUACAACCAUUUGGCCACCUUGAAACUGAUUUUUAAAUCCUCCUCUUCUGGCCAAUGUACUGUUUCUAUGUAGAUGACCCCAUUGGUAACCUAAGGUCUAAUCUAUUUACUUGCUCCCACUUCAGUAGGUCACUAUAAAUUUCCCAGAGUUGGUCCCUUCCUUACCUUUCUUAGCAGCCCAGAGCUAUCUUUCAAAUUCACUGACUCAGACAUUUUGUGAAAUAAAGCAGAUGAGUAACAAGGAUGAGGAGGAAGAAAGCAGGGUUAUACAUCAGACUGCCUUUCCUCAUGCUACAAGAGGGAUAUAGUACCCACGGUGUUUUCUGUAACAUGACUUAUGUGUGCAUAUGAUAAAAAUAAAAGUAUGUUUAAAAACCUAUGACUUUAUGAGCUAAUU